AUGUUAGCCACGCCGCUUUUAACCCAAUGUAGGAACCCUUCAUUUGUCCUCCGCAAAGUCAAAGACGUCGUCAUCGAAGACCGUCCUAAGCCUGUUCUCAAGGAUCCUGACGAUGUUAUCGUGCACGUUAAGCAGACUGGCAUCUGCGGCAGUGAUGUUCACUACUGGCAAAGAGGCCGAAUCGGCGACUACGUCCUAGCCGGCCCCAUGGUCCUAGGCCACGAGUCCUCAGGCAAAGUCGUGGAAGUCGGUGUCGCCGUCUCACACCUCAAAGCCGGUGACCGAGUAGCAAUGGAGCCUGGAGUUCCCUGCCGUUGCUGCAAUCAAUGUCGUUCCGGUGCUUAUCAUCUCUGCGGUGGUAUGAGCUUCGCCGCUACUCCCCCAUGGGAUGGCACCCUGGCGAAAUACUACGUCAACACCGCCGACUUCUGCUACAAAGUGCCCGACCACAUGAGCAUGGAGGAAGCAGCCAUGGUCAAGCCCGCGGCUGCGAUCGCCAAGACGGCCGACCUCCGCGCUCACCAGACAGUGCUUGUGUUCGGCUGCGGUCCGAUCGGUGUGCUCUGUCAGACGGUUGCGAAGGCGCAUGGCGCGAAAACCAUUAUCGCCGUCGAUGUGUUAGAGGUCGCCAAGUCCUAUGGUGUUGACCAUGUGUUUAUGCCUGAAAAGCCCGAGCCGGGUGCUGACCCCAUUGCGCAUGCAGAGAAGAUGGCGCAGAAGCUGAAGGAAGAGUGUGGGCUGGGUGAGGGAGCUGAUGUCGAGCUUGAAUGCUCGGGUGCGGAACCCUGUGUGCAGAUGGGCGUUUUCGCUGCUCGUCAUGGAGGCACAAUUGUUCAGGCACGUAUGGGGAAGGAGGUUAUCAAUUUCCCGAUUACUGCUGUGUGCACUCGGGGCUUGGUUGUCAAAGGGUCUAUUCGGUAUUUGACGGGCUGUUAUCCCGCUGCGAUUGAUCUGAUUGGAAAAGGCAUUAUUGAUGUUAAGAGGUUGGUUACAAAUCGAUUCAAGUUUGAGGAGGCGGAACAGGCAUUUGAAUUGGUUAAGGCAGGGAGACAGGAUGUUUUCAAGGUCAUGAUUGCAGGUGUUGUUUAA